AUGAACUCAGAUAAUGAUGAAGAUAAUAUAAAACCAGCAUUGCCAAUCGAUGGUGUAGACGCUGAUGUUUCAAACUACUUAAAUUCAGUGCGAUCAGAAGCCAAGUCAUUGUCAAUUAUGUAUCAAGAUAUUGUAAAGAUACAAGAUGAGGAAGUUGAGAUGAUACCUGAAGAUGACGAAUUGCUCAAUGAGUGGUCCAACGGCUUAUAUGAGAAAUUCAUAAGCUUGAAAGAGAAAAUUAAGAAUUAUCAAAUAGAAACAUCAUCAUAUGAUAAACAAUACAACUUGAAAUGGAAAGAAUCAUUUAAACAACCACCACCUGAUAUUGAUUAUUUCAUCUAUGCAUUAAACAGAAAAAUUUGUUUUGACAUACUAGUCUUUUUAACAGAUUGGAUAACAUUAUCAACAACUGCUACAACAAGUCAAUGGAUAUGGAAGAUCUUUUUAAAGUUGGAUAAUUUCAUAGAAGCUAAUGAAUGUUCAAUAUUAAGAGAUUUGGCUAAUAAAGCAAUUUUGAGAAAACAGCAAUUGUUAGAAAUUGGUAAAUCAGCUAAUUCUACUUCUAAAUUUACUUAUGAUAUGAUUAUUACUAUAGUUGGUAAAUAUUAUGGUCAAACUGAUCUAUUGAGUAGUUUAUAG